UGUGUAUAUGGAGAUGGAAUAUUAAUUUAUGUUCCGAGGGCUCUGGUACUGAGGGAUUUAAGGAGAAAGUUCAAAUUUGUGUAUGAGAAGCAUCAUCUCUGAAUCCAGGGAAGGGUUGGGCCCUGCAUUCCAAGCCAAGACUAUACAAUGUCUGUCUGUCUGUCUGUCCAACUGCCUGUUCUAGGCUGGACAAAAUGAUUCAUGGAAAAUGAGGAAAGAGCAGGCAUUGAUCACACAAGGGCCAGGUAUCCUGUCUGACUGGGGCAGCUGAGGGGGAGUCCCCUGGAGAGAGAGGCUGUCCUGUGCUUAGUUGUCUUCAUGCAGGGUCAUGUGACUUUUGAAGAUGUUUGUUUUUCUCCUGAGAGGCUUCGAGACUACUUGAUAAGGCUCAAAAACUCUCUGUGCUUUGCCAUUAUGGUCAUCCUGGUCCCAUGUGUUCCAGUUUUCUGGUCUGUGCUCUGCUCAAGAAUUCCUUUUUCCCACAGAGGUUGCCAUUUCCUUCUCAUAGGUGGACCAUGGGCACUGCUGUUUUUCCUUGUUACCUCACAAAGGACCUCAGGGCUCGGCUGUGUGUCCUGUCUCCUUCACUCCCUAUGCUUUCCAGCCCCUGCUGCCUCAAACCCUUGCCAGGAAGGGUGUCAAGGUCAAGUGUUUUGUGGUCAGUCCAGUAGAUACUACCCUGCUUGGCUUCUCCUGGGCUAGAUUGCACUGUUCACAUUCAUGAGACCUCUGUGCUCCAGAUUCUGCCCCAUUCCUUUACUUGGGCCAACUUGGGUCAUGAAUUAUAGUCAUGGUCAACGCCUGGGGGACCCAUUGCAUUGUUCCUGCAAGACAUUACUCUUAUAGGUGGGCUGCCCUGUGUGUGUCAGUGCUCUCUCACUCACUGGCUCUCUUUCUUCUGUGAAAUCUAUCUUCCAGAUCCUCUUUGGUUGCUGAAUUGUAGCAGGGGAAAGAACUCAGAGUACCUGACUGAGAGGUCAUGACUCUAGCCAUGGCAGGAGGGGCUUGGACGGGCCCUGGGUGUUGGCUUGGAGUGAAGGAUGAAGAGGCCUCUUCUGAGCAGACCAUAUCUGUGGAAAUGUCACAUGUUCGUCCUUCCAGGGCAGGUUCAUCUACCCAGAUAGCCCACCCUUGUGACAUAUGUGGCCCCAUCUUGAAAGAUAUUUUGCACCUGGAUGACCAUCAGGAAAUACACCACAGACUGAAACCUUACACAUGUGAGGCAUGUGGGAAACAAUUCUCAUUCUGUGCAAACUUUUACCAGCACCAGAAGCAGUAUAAUGUAGAGAAACCCUUAAGGAGAGACAAAGGCAAGACCUCAUUUGUGAAGAACUGCAGAGUUUGUGAAGAACCUCAUCUGACAGAGAAGCCCUUUCCGUGUGAGGAGGAACAGAAGAACUUCCAGGCAUGUUUGGACAGUCGCCAACAAAAGGCCACCCACAGCAAGAGGAAGACAAGGAGCACUGAAAGUAGGGAGACCUUUUACAUUGGACAGAUGCAUUAUAGUUGCAGCGAGUGUGGGAAAGCCUUCAACCGCAAAGACACACUUGUUCAGCAUCAGAGAAUCCACACUGGAGAAAAGCCUUAUGACUGCAGUGAAUGUGGGAAAGCUUUCAGCCGCAAAGCCACACUUGUUCAGCACCAGAGAAUCCACACUGGAGAAAGGCCUUAUGAAUGCAGUGAAUGUGGGAAGUCCUUUAGUCGCAAAGACAACCUAACACAGCACAAAAGAAUUCACACUGGAGAAAUGCCUUAUAAGUGUGAUGAAUGUGGAAAAUACUUUAGCCAUCACUCCAAUUUAAUUGUACACCAGAGAGUUCACAAUGGAGCAAGGCCUUAUAAGUGCAGUGAUUGUGGGAAAGUCUUCAGACACAAAUCCACACUUGUUCAGCAUGAGAGCAUCCAUACUGGAGAAAAUCCUUAUGUUUGCAGUGAUUGUGGGAAAUCCUUUGGCCACAAAUACACUCUCAUUAAACACCAGAGAAUUCACACUGACACAAGGCCUUUUGAGUGCAUUGAAUGUGGGAAAUUCUUUAGUCGAAGCUCUGACUUUAUUGCACACCAGAGAGUUCACACAGGUGAAAGGCCUUUUGUGUGCAGCAAAUGUGGGAAAGAUUUCAUAAGAACCUCCCACCUUGUUCGGCACCAAAAAGUUCACACAGGGGAAAGGCCAUAUGAGUGUAAUGAAUGUGGGAAAGCCUAUAGCUUAAGCUCCCACCUCAUUCGGCACCAGAAAGUUCACACUGCAGGAAGGCUUUAGGAGUGCUUUCAACACAGCAGGACCCAUAUGGAGAGCAGCCCUGAUUUCCCUUUGAGAGGAAGAUACCAAUCAGAUGUUGAACAUGUAUCAAAAUGAACACUGGGGAGAAGCUCUCAGGGGCUGUAGUGCACUUUCACAUCUGUUCAGGGCCCUUGCCAAAUGUCUCAGUGUCAGUAUCUGGCUGAAAAUAUCUCAACUAGACCAUCUUAGUUACCCUAAUAUCCUCAGAGAAGGCAGAACUUUGUACUCUCCAACUCCUGAGGAAAUUAUAAUAUAUCUGAGUUAAAUUGGGGGAGGUAGGGACUCAUUCCCUCCUCAGUGAUUGGUAAAGAUGUGGACAUGACCCAACAUUAGCUACCUGUUCUGGUAGCAGGAAAGCUUUCCUCAUGGACAUUGUUGGUCUUGUGAUAGUUUUGUUUUUUAAAAAUGAUUUUUAUUGAUUUGAGAGAGAGAGAGAAACAUCCAUCAGCUGCUUCCUGCAUGCCCCCCAACUGGGGAUUGAACCC